AUGGCGGAGACACUGAGGCGAGUGCUAAACGCGGGUAGCGCGGCUCGGCUAGGGGAAGAGAACGCAGCCGAGGCCGGGCCACCUCUGCUGCUGCUCGGCGGCCCAGGUUCCGGGAAGACAGCAUUGCUGUUCGCGGCUGCCUUGGAGGUGGCGGGGGAGGGCCGAGGCCCCGUCCUCUUCCUAGCCCGGAAACCUCUACAAAGACUGCCCCUUCGGACAGGAGCUGCGUUCGACCCCCUGCGUCUCCAGAAGAUCCGCUUCCAGUACCCACCUUCAACCCGGGAGCUUCUCCGGUACCUGUGCUCUGUCCAUGAGGCCCAGGGGCCAGCCCCCGCCCUCCUGCUGCUAGAUUGCUUGGAGGAGUAUGUAUCAGAAUACCAGGGCCCCCAUGAAGCUGCUUACCUGGCUGCCUUGCUUCUGGACACGGCCGCCUACUUCAGCCACAGGGCUGUGUCUGGUGGGGGCUGUGGGCUCGUGGUAUCCCUCCAGAUCCAAGAAGAAACAGACAGUGGGAACACCCUUCAGCUGACGCUGUUUCAACGGUAUUUCACUGCUUGCUGUUGGCUGCGGCCAGUUGCCACUGGUCCAGGACAACGCUGCCUCCGAGCCUGUCUGGAGUCAGGCAGACAGGGCCCCAGGACAGAAUGGUUGGUGGCUUUCCAGCCAGAUGGAGAGAUGACAAUCAGUCCAUUACUCACUGAGGUGGGUGACCCCAACUCAGACAAGGACACAAGCUCUGGAGUCCAGCCUUGA